AUGGCCCCCAGAAAGCCCUCCACCACAGCGGAAGUUUCCCUGGUGCCUUUGAAGAACUGCCUAGUAAACCUGCCACCUUCGCUGGUCGCACUGCUGGUCAAUGCCAAUACUGCCGCACAGAAUGUAAUUAUCGAGCUACAGUACCGCUCGACCACUGGAAAGGCCAAUGGCAGCCCCGCGCAGCGGUCAUGCUAUCUAGGAUGGACGGGAAUGCCGAGCAAGCGGAAGCUCGCUCCGGUCGUCGGAAGAGACGGUAUCAGCAGUGCCUCCGCUGCCAGAGAGCAGGAUAUCUCCACCGUUGAGCUGGACACAACGUUCGGGAGAGUCCUGGGCCUUGCUGAUGGACAACGAGUCGGGAUAUACAUCCAUCUCGAUCCACCUGUUGCUCACACCAUCAACAUCGAGCCGCUGACUCCGGAAGACUGGGAGAUCAUUGAGCUCCAUGCAACGUUCCUAGAACUCAACCUUCUGUCCCAGAUUCGGGCUCUCCCCAACCCAACGUACACCGCAACUCAGCCUGAGCAUAUGCACCCUCUUGCGCUGCACCUUUCCCCAACAUCGACCGCGAAUAUUGUCAUUACGUCUUUGACACCCGCUCCCCCGAAUACCUCACCUUUCGCCAAGAUUGCGCCAGAUGCAGAAGUCAUCGUUGCUCCAAAGACCCGUCCGAAGGCUACAAGAGGAUCCCGAGGGGAUAGCCGGAGCGUUACUGGAAGCAGCAAGAGGAGUGUUGGGGGACGGAGUAGCGGAAGCACGGUACGCCCAAAGAGCAGUCGGUCCGACUCGACAAGCAGGGGCUCUCUCUUCUUUAGAGGAAUCGACCGCCAACUGUCCGAGCAAUAUUUUGACGAAGAGGCAGAGGAAGACAACAAUGAGGGGUUCCGCGUUUGGGUUGAUCCGGACAUGCUUGCCACAAACGAGCUCCGGGGCGCCGGCUGGGCUUGCGUCUCUAUCGUCCAGCCUGCUGGUCUGAAAGCGCCGCCUGACCCGCAGCAACAGGUAGAGCAGACGGAACAAAAAGGCAGCGAGGCUGGAACACCUGCAGCAAAGCUAAUUGCAAGGUUGAUUCCGUGGACGGAUGCCCCGGAUACCCAACAUAUUGCUGUCUCGACUCUGCUGUCUGGAGCCCUAGGUGCCGAGGGUCUAGUAGGCGGUAUUGUUCGAGUCGAAGCGGCUCCCCCGCCGCUGCAGCGGUCUGCAGUGAAGGCGCUCAAGGUGUUUCCUUUCAUAGGUAAUGCAUCUAAGAAGAAGGACGGGUUGAAAUUCGGGUCUGAUACCGCAGCCGCAAGGGAUGCAUUAGCAGAACGUAUCAAAAUCCUGUAUGACAGUUCUGGAAUGGAUAAGGGGCUACUAGCGGGACCUUUGACCGAUGGGAUGGUCCUGCCAAGUACGGACUACCAGGUUACAGGGACCGUGUUCGAUGGUGCUAUUCUCCGAUUUGACCCUCCACUGAAGGGCACGUCCGAGACAAUCAAGCCAGCGACAGGAUGGGUCUUGGGAUCAGACACCAAACUGCCACUGGAAGUGCAGGCUGAAAUACCCCGUCCAGCAGAAUCGAGUUCGUCCGCCCAGCCAUCGGACGAUGCACUACCACCCGUGGUUCCCGAAAUGGUUGGAAUCGACCAAAUCAUCUCGCAGUCCAUCGAUAACCUGACCAAAUCAUCCUCUAUCUUGCUCACCGGUGGUCUCGGGUCUGGAAAGACAGCCUUGAGUCAUCUCUUGGCCCACCGUGUGCGGAAGGAUUACCUUUUCAAUGUGAAGUACUUCUCUUGUCGGAAACUUGUUACUGACGAAACCCGCAUUUCGAACAUCAAAGAAACGCUGAAUCGCCUUUUCAUGUCCGCUUCCUGGUGUGCCCGUCUUGGCGGACAGUCAGUUGUAAUCCUGGACGAUCUUGACAAGCUAUGUCCUGUAGAGACAGAGCUCCAAGUGGGAGGAGACAAUGGUCGCAGCCGCCAGAACAGUGAGGUGAUCUGCUCCAUGGUACGCGAGUAUUGCUCCAUGAACUCUUCGGUGGUGCUGCUGGCCACAGCGCAAUCUAAAGAGUUCUUGAACAAUGUCAUAAUUGGAGGGCACGUCGUCCGAGAGAUAAUCCACCUGAGAGCCCCGGACAAGGAAGGCCGGCGAAAGGUUCUGGAGCAACUUACAAUUCAGGAUCGGGGCGCCCCGCCUGCGAUGAAUGGCCAUGCACGAAAGUCCAGUUCCUCGACUCAGGAUUCGUGGCUGAACCCUUCCAAUCCCGGGAGUCGUCCCAGCUCAGCCGGAGCAGACGGCUUCGUGCUUGGCAGAGAUGUAGAUUUUCUGGAUCUCGCUGGAAAGACCGACGGAUACAUGCCCGGCGAUCUGGUCCUUCUUGUCUCACGCGCUCGAAACGAGGCUCUAAUUCGAUCAGUUCAGGAUUCCUUGGCCUCGUCAAGAGCCAUCACGCUUGGGUCAGAUGAUUUUGAGAAUGCCAUCAAAGGCUUCACUCCUGCUUCUCUUCGAAACGUUACACUCACCUCAUCUACUACGACCUUCUCCGCCAUCGGUGGGUUAACUGAGACCCGCAAAAUGCUCCUCGAGACGUUGCAAUAUCCUACCAAGUACGCUCCUAUCUUUGCACAGUGCCCAUUGCGUCUGCGCUCAGGUCUGCUGCUCUACGGAUAUCCUGGUUGUGGAAAGACCCUUCUCGCUAGCGCGAUAGCAGGCGAGUGUGGUCUGAACUUUAUCAGCGUCAAGGGACCGGAGAUUCUGAACAAGUAUAUCGGUGCGAGUGAGAAGAGCGUGCGUGAUCUAUUUGAACGAGCGCAAGCUGCUCGACCAUGCAUUCUCUUCUUCGAUGAGUUUGACAGUAUCGCGCCAAAACGUGGUCACGACUCCACAGGCGUCACAGACCGUGUGGUCAAUCAGCUCCUCACCCAGAUGGACGGUGCUGAAGGUCUCUCCGGAGUCUAUGUUCUCGCUGCGACCUCCCGACCCGAUCUGAUCGAUCCCGCUCUGCUGCGACCGGGACGUCUGGAUAAGUCUCUAAUUUGUGACAUGCCCAACCAUGCGGACCGGCUUGACAUUAUCCAAGCGGUGAGCAAGAAGCUCGUGAUGAACGAGGAAGUUGUUGCUCGUCUAGAUGAAGUGGCAGCCCGUACAGAGGGUUUCUCCGGUGCUGAUUUGCAGGCCGUCGUAUAUAAUGCUCAUCUUGAAGCAGUUCAUGAUGCCCUCGGAGACCAUUCAGUGAACGACAAGUCCACAGCCAAGAAUGGGACGAAGCCGUCAUCGACGGGCACUAGCACCAAGUCGUUCAUCCAGUUCCUUUACUCGGCUUCCGAGCAGGAUGCUGGAAGAGUGUCGAUGCCUUCUCCGGCAGUUGUGGCGUCCAAGCUCGAUGCCAUCAAGAACGCACGACGGCGCCAACGACAGUCGGAGCAGGGCACAUCCAGUACCCAGGCAGUGGUACCCAACGGGGCCGCUCAGGAGGAAACGCGUGAGGAAAUCAUUGUUCGGUGGGAGCACAUGGAACGCUCUCUAAACACCACACGCAGCUCCCUCAGCCAGGCUGAAAGACGACGCCUGGAAGGGAUCUACCGGGAGUUCAUCUUCGGUAGAAACGGCGAGAUGCCCAACGGUGAAGGCAGCCAAGAGAUAGGAGGACGAACGAGCUUGAUGUGAUGAACGAUGUACAUUAUUUAUCAUGCCUAGUACAUAUACUGCUAAAUGUCGAAC